AUGGCUAUGGCUUUGGACGCAGUGUGGGUGAGAGUGAAGAAUGUCUGCAAACAGAAUGGACUCCUCAUCAUGUCUGUGCUGGCUGUGGUCAUUGGAUGUCUUUUGGGAUUCUUCCUGAGGACACGGCGCCUCACAGAGCAGGAGGUGAAGUACUUCCAGUUUCCUGGUGAGCUACUGAUGAGGAUGCUGAAGAUGCUUAUUCUCCCACUUGUUGUGUCCAGUUUGAUGUCAGGGCUGGCUGCCCUGGACGCCAAGUGUUCCAGUCGCCUCGGUCUGAUCACAGUGUCUUAUUACCUGUGGACCACCUUUGUGGCUGUGAUAGUAGGGAUCAUCAUGGUCUCCAUCAUCCACCCGGGUGGUGCAGCCCAGAAAGAGGACUCUGAGGACAGUGGCAAGCCUAUCAUGAGUUCUGCUGAUGCUCUGCUAGACCUCAUCCGCAACAUGUUCCCAUCUAAUUUGGUCCAGGCCACGUUUCAGCAGUAUCGAACAAGUAGCGAGUUCAUUGUGAAACCCAAGCCAACGGUGAGUCAGACCCAAUCAGAGUCCACCACGCGGCGAGCGCUCAUCUACGGUAUCCAGGACGAUAAUGGCACUGACAUCCAGAACUUCGCCCUUGACCUGACUCCUCCCCCUGAUGUGCUCAUACGCACACGGGAAGGAACAAGCGAUGGAAUGAAUGUCCUUGGGAUUGUUAUUUUUUCUGCCACAAUGGGUAUUAUGUUGGGAAGAAUGGGACCAAAUGGCAGCGCAUUGGUGAACUUCUGCCAGAGUCUGAAUGAGGCCGUCCUUAGAAUCGUUGCCAUUGUUAUAUGGUACUUCCCAUUUGGCAUCGUGUUCCUGGUGGCCGGUAAGAUCCUGGAGAUGAGUGAUCCUUCAGCCAUGGGGAAGAAGCUGGGCUUCUAUGCCGUCACUGUGGUAUUUGGUCUUGUGUUGCAUGGUUUGUUCAUCCUGCCUGCUAUGUACUUCUUCAUCACCAAAAAAAGUCCCAUCGUUUACAUAAGGGGAAUCCUGCAAGCCCUGCUCAUCGCCCUUGCAACCUCCUCCAGCUCUGCCACAUUGCCUAUUACCUUCAAGUGCCUCUUGGAGAACAACCACAUUGAUCGUCGUAUCAUACGUUUUGUGCUCCCUGUGGGCGCCACCAUCAAUAUGGAUGGCACCGCUCUCUAUGAGGCUGUGGCGGCCAUAUUCAUCGCACAAGUUAAUAAUUAUGAGCUGGACUUUGGCCAGAUCAUCACCAUCAGCAUCACAGCCACUGCAGCCAGUAUUGGUGCAGCAGGGAUACCACAAGCUGGGCUGGUCACCAUGGUAAUAGUGCUGACAUCCGUCGGGUUGCCAACCGAUGACAUCACUCUCAUUAUUGCAGUAGAUUGGGCACUAGACAGAUUCCGCACCAUGGUGAAUGUAAUGGGGGAUGCCUUGGCCACAGGCAUCAUGGCACACAUCUGCAGGAAAGACUUCAUGAAAGAGGGAGACGGGGUGCCUUUGAUCUGUGAGACCAAACCCGUGAUGAACACCCCACCUCUGAUGAACUGUCACAACAACAACGGCAAUUACCGGCCCCCUUCCUCAGGAGUCAAACACGAGCUCAUCCCCCCUGACGUGGCACGGCUCAUGCAGCUGGAGGAGGGCGUCCGGCCGCCGUCAGAGAGGAAGAAGCCUCCGAUUCCUCCGAGACACCUGAAGAAGAGCAAAGAACACUGUACCAUUGACAUGAAUGGCCUUGAGACCAAUGUAUAGCCUCCUCCUGGAGUGUGUUGGGUUGUCUGUGUCGUUGUGCUGAUCAGAACCUCAGAGCAAAGGACACCUGUAGGCGGUACCAACACCUGAUAGGAGGACAGGAGAACCAAGCUCAUCUUCUUCUCUCAGCAUAUUAUUGGUCAGAAUGUUCCAGUGACAAGAUGUGGUCCUGAAAACUUUAUGGAAGACAUUUUAAUGCAAAUCUAUAGAUUUUUUUAAUCAUCUUUCAUAUGAAAUGGUUUCUAUAAGACCAGACAGGACUUGCAUUGGCAGUGAAAUUAAAGACACUAAAAGGACAAUGCUGUAAUUCCAUUCAUAAAACUCACCCUUGGUCUGGACCUUCAGGGUGAGCUCACACCUAAACUCCCAGACUCUGAAUACAGGUGUGCAUUGGUUAACUGAUUUCUAUUUGAUAUCUACAUUUUAUAUGAUUGUCAUUUUUUUUUUCUUUUUCUUUUUGUCUGUGUACAACAUGAUAAUGAGACAAGUGUUUAUUAUGUUUUAUACUACUGCAAGCAGCCAGUUGUUUGACAAGUCAGGAUUGCAAGUGUCUGGUGUGAGCUGAAUGAUCAGGAGGCAAAGUGAAAUGCCCUAACUGUUUAAUUUUGCCUUAACAAAGCUGGUGGUGCUAGACUGCCGGAGAUUACAGGGACGGAGGAGCUGAGGAAGAAGAUCAGAAACUUCACCUUCCCUUGUGGUCUUGUUGUAAUUUUAACACAUGGGUAAAAUAGAGAUUUUAAGUAUUUGAACAGCCUCAGGAGCUCUUGAUUUAAUUAAACUUUCGUGGCACUUGAACAGCCUAAAAACAGCCACUGGUAAAAAAAAAAUAAUAAUAAUAAAACAGUGGCCCUUGUUUGUUGGUUGAAUGAAUUUAUUUGCUUCUGUUUGUAAUAUAUCAAACAAGAUCUGAACAUUUUAUAUCUACAACACAUGAGCUUUUCUGAGUAUUAGCUAAUGUAACUUGUCAUCAUUAUACACUGAAGCUACUUGGUUGAACGUUAGGUUUGGAUGUUUUCAGGUCUGUCUUAAUGUAAUACUCCAAGUCCAUGUAUGUGGAAACAGUUUCUGGUCACUGAAAUAAUUCUUCCUCAUCAUAGUGGCUGUGAAGUGACUGCACCAUUGCACAAAGAAAUAGAGGAGACUACUCCAUUCAUACACUACUCCCUAUACUGUACAAUAGACAUCAUGAAAACGGUGCAUAUGCCACAGUCACCAUUUUAUUAUUCCUCUGUGGGAAUUUUUAUUUAUACAGUGCAAAAAUCCAGACACUUGGAUAGAAUGGUGGACAGUAUUGUAAAUACAGAGUGAUUUCAGACUUAGGCUCAUUCAGUGCAAAAAUGCAUCCUAAAGCUAAGCCAAAGGUAAUUGUGAUUGUGAAAAGUGGGUAACUUUCAAAGUCACAGUCAAUUCACUCUUGGUAUUUAAAAACCAAGAGCAGAAUAUGUCCUGGUAGUUAUAUGUUGUCAGAAUUCAAUGUGUACACAAUGCAAACUGAACUUUAAUCCUGCUUCAGUCACACCAAUUUGAUGCUCUUUUUCUGGUGCUGACAUUAGCUCCAGCAAGCUAACUACAUGUUCAUCCAUUCAAAAU